AGUCGAAACAGGAAGUUCCUACGAGCACUUGAAGGCAGCAACAACGGCAGCACCAACGGCUUUCCGGCAGCAGUCUGUUGAGCCGAAAACAAAGAUGGAGGAGUAUCCUUCUAAACAAGCGAUAGAAAACCUAGACGACCCUCCAAACAGUCGGCUUUUUGCGGUUACCAGCCGGUCCAUAACUGAAGAGGAACUCCGGGAGAGUUUCUCUGUCUUCGGGGACAUUCAGGGGGUUUGGGUGGUCAAAGACAAGCAGACGAAAGAGUCCAAAGGUAUCUGCUAUGUGAAGUUCGCUAAGUCUUCUCAGGCCUGUUUGGCCAUGGAGGAGAUGCACGGCAAAGUGCUGGUGGACGGGACCAAGCCCAUUAAGGUGUUUAUUGCCCAGUCACGGUCUUCAACAAGACACAGAGAUGUUGAAGACGAAGAGCUGACCAGGAUCUUUGUGAUGAUCCCCAAAACAUUCACCGAGGAUGACCUUAAAGAGACAUUCAAAGAGUACGGUGAUAUUGAAUAUUGCGUGAUCAUCAAGAAUAAGACCACAGGGGAAAGUAAAGGACUGGGCUACGUUCGAUACUACAAACCCUCUCAAGCUGCCAUUGCCAUAGAAAACUGUGACAAAGCUUACAGGGCCAUCCUGGCAGAACCUCGCACCAAGGCCUCGUCAACAGAAGACUACUCCGGGGGAGGAGCCAGAGUUGAUUACAUGGGCGGCGCCGGUGGUGGUGGUGGUAAUAAUGACGCAAUGAACCAGUAUGCUGUCCCUAUGGGAGACCCUGGCAACUACCAGACAAUGGACUACCGCUCGGGCGACUUCACGCGGUGCCUGAUGGUGUCGACACGAGCUGCACUUACCCAGGAGCAGAUUUUUGCCCUGUUCGACCUCAUUCCUGGCAUGGAGUACUGCGAGCUGCAGAGAGAUGCUUAUGGAAUGAGUAAAGGUCAUGCUCUGAUCCGCUACAGUAAUCUUGGAUCAGCGCUUUAUGCCAAAGAAAAGCUAAAUGGCUUUGAAUAUCCACCCGGCAACAGACUGGCAGUCAAUUUUGUUGAUGACGGGGAAGACCGCAGCAGUCCUGCGGGUCGGAUGGCGAUGCAGUUUGUUGCGGCCCAGAUGAUGUCUGCAGUGUGGAACGGACCCUCCACCAGCCAAGUAAUGAAACCUACUGGCUUCUCCUCAAUCGCCCCCAUGUCCCGAAUUCAGACAGACAUCAACCUGCCCCCUCUGAAGAAGCUCGCUCCGCCCGACAGCAAGGCGAAGGAGCGCUUGUUUGUUGUGUUCAGCCCCUCGCCGCUGCCCCCAGAUGUGCUGGAGGAUGUUUUCUGUCGCUUUGGUUCCCUUAUUGAGGUCCAUUUGGUUCCUGGGAGGAAGGUCGGAUACAUGAAGUAUGCAGAAAAACAGUGUGCAGAUGAGGCCAUGGCGGUUCUCCACGGUCGGGUCGUCAACGGCGUAAAGAUGAAGGUGAUGCUGGCUGAUCCUCCCAGAGAGGAAUCUCACAAACGUCUCCGAACCUACUAGGACCACGAAACAGAAAUGACCGGCGACUGUUGUCAUGACACAAUGACACCUGACCUGACAGACCGACCGACAUCAAGACCAUCUCCCGACCUCUGACACGACCUUUAACACCUGUCUGACCUUACCUCUGGCCAGUGACCUUGCUGUGACUCACUCAUAUAACAUGGUAGCAUCUUACUACAAUGGAGUCUUUAUCAUUAUAGUCUGUGAACAACGACAAUGUUAAUAUGUGUAGCUGUGCUCAGUGUCACGCUUCCUUUAUUUAUAUUAUUUUAAAAUCCUGGGACUGCUUUUAGCUCGUGCCAGAUAGACUAACCAAUGUACAACUACAGCAGUAGGUCACCGUGAUUCAUCAACAUACUGCUGGUGAAGAAUUUAAGUUAAAGUAUCAAGUACAGAGAGCAGGAACCUGUUAAGCUAGAAAACAGGAUUUGUAAAGCUGGAUUGAGACAGUUGUAACAGAUCUGAUCGUUACUUUUUUUUCCUGCCCUGUAUUUUAAUGUUGAGCAUAGUUCAAAAUCCUUUUUUCAAAAUGUGAACUUUUUUUGUCUCAGUAAAAUUAAACAUCGGUUGAACACACCA